AACCAUUUUCAAUUCUUCCAUUUCUUCUCCUCUCUCUCUCUCUCUCUCUCUCUCUCUCUCUCUCUCUCUCUCUCUCUGUAAAUAAACCAAACCCAGCUCCCAUGGCUUCCAACAAAUUCGCAACCAUGCUACAUAAAAACACCCACAGAAUCAUUAUAGUUCUAAUCUAUACCUUCCUCGAAUGGAUUCUAAUCCUUCUCCUCCUUCUCAAUUCCUUCUUCUCCUUCCUCAUCUCCAAAUUUGCUGCCUUCUUCGGCCUCAAACCUCCCUGCCUUUGGUGUUCGAGGCUUGAUCGAGUCCUGGAUCCAAAACCCGAACCAAAUUCCUACAGAAAUCUUCUCUGUGAGGCCCACUCGAUCGAGGUCUCCAAAUUGAGCUACUGCUCAAAUCAUCGCAAGCUGGCCGAAUCUGCAGGGAUGUGCGAGGACUGCUCAUCCUCACGGCCUGCACAGAGCAGAACUGACGGUCGGAUCGCAUUGUUCUCGAUCGUGAAGGAUAUGGGUGUGAUUUCAGCAGAUGGGGGUUUGAGAAUUGAGAAUGGGGAGAAGGAUUCGAGGUGUUCUUGCUGUGGUAAGAGCUUAUGUGGCCGAUUCUAUCCGCCACCUUACUUGCUUUUUAAGCAUUCUUGGGAUGUUUUGGAUUAUGCUCAGAAAAGGAAUUUGAUCAAGGAGAAGGGUGAGGGAGAUGAGGAUUGUGAUGGUUGUAUGCAUGGCGGGUGUUCUGAUCCAUCUAGAUCAGAUUGGCCAACGGAUUGUGAUGAUGAUGAGAUUGGACACGGAGAUGGGGUGGCGGACAAUCAGAUGCUUUCUGAUGGUUCUGCCAAUGAAGAAGUCAAAAUGACGGAAGAGUGUUUGGAUUGUGAGACAGAAGGAGAAGAUGAGAUUGGUGCCAUUGAGUCAGAGCAAGAUCCGUCGGAAGGUACUGUUGUUCUUCAAUCUUAUUGCGAUAAUGAGAUUGCGAUUCGCAUAUGUCAUAUGCAAGAUCCGUCUUUGGAAAUUGUCAAUCCCUGUUUCAAUGAAUUCUUUCAUGAUGAUCGACUGCUUCCGAUCGAAUUGAUUGAUUCUAUUACAGUGAGGAAGCAAAAUUCAUCAAAAUCUAGAGAAUGUGAUGAAGAAACCAAAUCACAAUUAGAGAAAUAUGUUGCUCCUGUUGUCGAUGUGGGAAAUGUUUUGGAAGAGAAAGCGGUUGUUCUUUCAACCGGCGAAAGCAUGGAUAAUGCAAGAUCAGAAAUCUGUAAUACUAUGGUUGGGAUCGGGAGCUCACAAAUAUCUAAUGCUCAAGAUUUUGAGGGGGAUUUGUUUGAAAAGGGAUAUAAUCAAGAUGCUAUUACUCCAGAAGCACAAGUUGUGCCUUGCAAUGAACAUGACAUUCAAAUGGAAGAGAGAGAAUCUGAUCAAUUCCCAGCAUUUGAAGAAGAUGGUAAUAUGGUAGAUACUGAGCGGAAAUGCGAGAGCUUUAUAGAGAGAGAGAUUUGUGAUGAAGAACCUAUUGAUCAGCCUCAAAUCCAUGACCGGAUUCCUUCAUUGGCUUGCCUUAAGAACAAUCAGCCUUCCCAUAAUUACAACGUUGCCUGCGAUUCUACUACUAGUGAUGAACCCAUUGCUGACGACCAAGGUAUGAAGCAAGCCAAUGAAUCAAUCAUGGACAGGGGAGAUUUCAGCUCAUCAUCUCAACCAAUUCCUGAUAUUGAAUCGGUUGCACAGAUUGGACAAGGUUCAAACCAUCAUAUAUCUGCAUGUUCGGAAUUUAAUGACUUAGACGAAGAGAGAGCGCCUGACACGCCAACUUACAUUGAAGGCAUCUCCACUCUACAUAAGAGACUACUUUUCGAGAGAAGAGAAUCGGGGCCAGAGUCUUUGGAUGGAAGUGUCAUAAGUGAGGUUGAUGGUGGUGAGGGGGUGACUGUGGAACGCCUAAAAUCAGCCCUAAGAUCCGAACGUAAGGCCCUCAGCGCAUUGUAUGCUGAACUAGAAGAAGAGCGGAGCGCUUCAGCGAUCGCGGCCAAUCAGACUAUGGCAAUGAUAACACGGCUUCAGGAAGAGAAGGCUGCAAUGCAGAUGGAGGCAUUGCAAUACCAGCGGAUGAUGGAAGAGCAAUCCGAGUAUGACCAAGAAGCGUUACAGCUUUUGAAUGAGAUCAUGGUCAGGAGGGAGAAGGAUAAGCAAGAGCUUGAGAAGGAAUUGGAAUUAUACCGUAAGAAGGUUCUUCUUUAUGAGUCAAAAGAGAAGAGGUCGAUGAGGAAGGGGAAGGCUAAUGGGCGGGCCAGAAUCUCAUCUGCUUCAUCAAGUGCUGGGGACAGCGAUGACAUAUCCAUUGAUUUUAAUGAGAGGGACGAUGGCAUUGAUAGAUUGCAAGAAAGUACUCAAAACACCCCUGUCGAUGAGGUCUUGAGCUUGGGAGCAGGGCUAGAAGGCGUGAGGCAGUUGAGUACACUUGAUGAAUCACUAGCAGAUUUUGAACAAGAGCGGCUAUCCAUUUUAGAGAAGCUAAAGGCAUUGGAGGAGAAGCUUUUCACAUUGGAUGAUGAAGAGGAGCACUUGGAGGAUAUCAAACCAAUUCAGCAUUUUGCAGAAAAUGGCAAUCUUGUCAGUGAGCGUUGUGAGUUCUGCAUUCAUGAUGUGAACGGGGUGGAAAAUGGUGCGUCUGAUGAAUCGGGUGUAGAUGAGUCGGAGCAUCACGAGAGAAGAAACAUGGGUCCCAAGGCAAAGAGGCUGCUUCCUCUUUUCGAUGCAAUUACUAUGGAAAACGAAGACGGGUUACAUGAAGAGCAAAAACACACAUUGGAAUUGCAAAAUUCUGUUGUGAAGGUCACUGACGAGCACAAGAAAGUUGCCAUUGAAGAGGAGGUGGAUCAAGUCUAUGAGAGGCUUCAAGCUCUUGAGGCAGACCGAGAGUUUCUAAAGCAUUGUAUCAGCUCACUGAAGAAGGGAGAGAAGGGCAUGGAUCUUCUUCAAGAGAUAUUGCAGCAUCUUCGUGAUCUGAGGAGCAUGGAGCUUCGGGUAAGGAGCACCGGGGAUGCUCUAUCAUGAAUUUCAGCUUAACUUGAGCAAGAUUAAAUGGUCGCUUGAUUGAGUUGAUCCGGUCGUUGGUUGACAGACCACAUGAAGAAGGCGUACCAUGGAAAGGAUUCAUGGUAUUCAUAUGAUGGUGGCCAUCUGAAAUAUGGCACUCCCUCCAUGGAUGGAGGGUCCUGUUUUGGUUGUUUGAUGUUGAAGCUGUGUCCAAGCAGACCAGAAUGGAGUCUGCAUUCACUUCUCUGAUGUUUUCUAAGUAAGCCCAAGUUUUUUGUGGGGUUCUCUUGUGGGACCCACCAUCACAUUUUCAGGGGAAGGUGGAUGUGACAGAGAGUGGUAGAUAGGCCACUCUGUCAUGCUAGUGAUCUAGCAGGAUGCCUUGGUUUGCAAAACUGGGGAGAAUCCAAUCAUCCUUCCAAUGCCAGGCAAUCCAAGUAUCAAGGACAGAUAGGAUUAGUGCAGUAGGAUUCUUUUAUCCUUUUUAUUUUUUUAUAGGGGAAAUGGGUAAAGGAGUAUCCAUUUCCUAUUGCAUAUGGGCUUUUCUUGAACAUUUGUGAGUAUUGUUUUCUUUUUAUGACUCUUUGUACACACCUAAUGUGUAUUCAUUUGUAUCUAUAAAUGUGUGGUAAUUGUGACUUUGAAAGUCUCAAA